AACAUUGUUGUUUCGCUUUUAAAAUGUAUUUAUAGUCUUUUGCGCUUUCCUUAGAGUGCAGAUCCUACGACAGUGUACCAAGUCUACAAAAUUCGUUAGAAGAAGGAUGCCGUUAUACAUCUAACUUUGAUGGUCGCAUAAAAGCGGAACCAAAAGAGUUUCCUUUCAUGGCGUUAAUAUAUAGUAAAAAAGAAGACUUGAUUGAUAGAAUUUGUGGUGGCACCUUGAUUAGCAAAAAAUAUGUUUUAACAUCGGCUUCCACAUUCCGCAACAAGGAUCAUCUCGCUAACUGGGUGCGAUUGGGAGAUUUGGAUCAUGAUAUCUAUACGGAUGAUGCUUUGACGCAAGAUAUUAAAACCAAAAACUAUAUACCCCAUCCUCAAUAUUACUUUAGCAAGCAGACCUUCUACCAUGACAUUGCUUUGAUUGAGUUGGCAACAGAGGCGGUCUUUAACGAUUACGUACGUCCUGCGUGUCUAUCUCUAAUAGAUGGUAAUGAUUUUCGAGAAUUUCUAUCUGCCGGCUGGGGCUUUGAUCCAUCGGAGCCUUCAACCCAUUUACAUAAAGUGAGAUUAGAUCGUCUCGAUGAUGACAAAUGUUUUGAAACCAUCAAACGCGAUCCUUCAGAAAAAGGUAUUAGCAAUCAUACCAACAUGUGUAUGAUUCCUUCUACUGGCGGUAGGGGUACUUGCAAUGGAGAUGGCGGCGGUCCGCUUUUUCUUAAUCAUCCCGACUUUCCCUGCCAAUUUGUCGUAGUAGGUAUUUUGUCAUACGGUCAAAGCGUAUGCGGAGCUAGAGACUAUCCUUCUGUUUUCACCAGAAUCAAACCGUAUAUCGAUUGGAUACAACGUAUCGUUUGGGAUUAAAUUAAAAA